GUUUCAUAAGGCCCAUGAAUGUUCUUCCUCCUCUCAUGAUGAUGCUUUUCAUUUUGUUUUUGUUCUUUUCUGUUUCAGUUUUUCAUCAACUCUUCUUGGAUUUAUGUCCUUUCAAAAAGCAAAAAAAAAACAAUUGAUUUAUGAAAUUAUUAUUUUUUCCUCGAGAUCGUGAACGAUAAUAUGAAACGAAAAGCUAAGGAACACACAAGUUGCUUGUGGAUUAGACACAACCCAUCUGAUCUUUGUCCGUAUCUCCUCAUCCAUUCUUCACCUCCAGCUUCUCAUCCAUAUUAUUUUCCCAACUUGCCAACAAUUUUAACAAUGUUACAAAUUAAUCAAUCAUAAAAUAUAUAAACACUGAGAUAUAUAUAAUAUAAGCUUUACUAACCAGUCACACCCUUCAUCUCUCCCGAGAGCUCCAUUCUCAUCAAGAUUAACAUCAGAAGAAAAUGGAGAUCACAAACGUUACCGAGUAUGAAGCUAUCGCAAAGCAGAAGCUACCAAAGAUGGUAUACGACUACUAUGCGUCUGGUGCAGAGGACCAAUGGACACUUCAAGAGAACAGAAACGCUUUCGCAAGGAUCCUCUUUCGUCCUCGGAUUCUUAUUGAUGUGAACAAAAUUGAUAUGACAACAACAGUCUUGGGAUUCAAAAUCUCGAUGCCGAUCAUGGUUGCUCCUACUGCCAUGCAAAAGAUGGCUCACCCAGAAGGUGAAUAUGCUACGGCUAGAGCUGCGUCUGCUGCUGGAACCAUCAUGACACUCUCUUCAUGGGCUACUUCCAGUGUUGAAGAAGUUGCUUCCACUGGACCAGGGAUCCGAUUCUUCCAGCUCUAUGUUUACAAGAACAGGAAGGUUGUUGAGCAGCUUGUGAGAAGAGCUGAGAAGGCAGGGUUCAAAGCUAUUGCUCUCACUGUGGACACCCCAAGGCUAGGUCGCAGAGAGUCUGAUAUCAAGAACAGGUUCACUUUGCCUUCAAACCUAACAUUGAAAAACUUUGAAGGUCUUGACCUCGGAAAGAUGGACGAGGCCAAUGACUCUGGCUUGGCUUCAUAUGUUGCUGGUCAAAUUGACCGUACCUUGAGCUGGAAGGAUGUCCAGUGGCUCCAGACAAUCACCAACAUGCCAAUUCUUGUCAAGGGAGUUCUUACAGGAGAGGAUGCAAGGAUAGCGAUCCAAGCUGGAGCAGCAGGGAUCAUUGUGUCAAACCAUGGAGCUCGUCAGCUUGACUAUGUCCCAGCCACAAUCUCAGCACUUGAAGAGGUUGUGAAAGCGACACAAGGAAGAGUUCCUGUCUUCUUGGAUGGUGGUGUUAGACGUGGCACAGACGUCUUCAAGGCACUUGCACUUGGAGCUUCCGGGAUAUUUAUUGGAAGACCAGUGGUAUUCUCACUAGCUGCUGAAGGAGAAGCUGGAGUCAGAAAAGUGCUUCAAAUGCUACGUGACGAGUUCGAGUUAACCAUGGCACUAAGUGGAUGCCGAUCUCUCAGUGAAAUCACCCGCAACCACAUUGUCACUGAAUGGGACACUCCACGCCAUUUGCCGAGUCAGUCACUCCCGAGAGCUCUCUAUUCCCAUCAAGACCAUAAUCGGAAAAUGGAGAUCACAAACGUUACCGAGUAUGAAGAAAUCGCAAAGCAGAAGUUGCCUAAGAUGGUAUACGACUACUAUGCCUCUGGCGCAGAAGACCAGUGGACUCUUCAAGAGAACAGAAACGCUUUCGCAAGGAUCCUCUUUCGGCCACGGAUUCUGAUUGACGUGAGCAAGAUCGAUAUGACAACAACCGUCUUGGGGUUCAAGAUCUCGAUGCCGAUCAUGGUUGCUCCUACUGCCUUUCAAAAGAUGGCUCACCCAGAAGGGGAAUAUGCUACGGCAAGAGCUGCGUCUGCUGCUGGAACCAUCAUGACGCUAUCUUCAUGGGCUACUUCAAGUGUUGAAGAAGUUGCUUCCACUGGACCAGGGAUUCGAUUCUUCCAGCUCUAUGUAUACAAGAACAGGAAUGUGGUUGAGCAGCUCGUGAGAAGAGCCGAGAAGGCUGGGUUCAAAGCCAUUGCUCUCACUGUGGACACCCCAAGGCUUGGUCGCAGAGAGUCUGAUAUCAAGAACAGAUUCACUUUGCCUCCAAAUCUGACAUUAAAGAACUUUGAAGGUCUUGACCUCGGAAAGAUGGACGAGGCCAAUGACUCUGGCUUGGCUUCAUACGUUGGUGGUCAAAUUGACCGUACCUUAAGCUGGAAGGAUGUUCAGUGGCUCCAGACAAUCACCAAAAUGCCGAUUCUUGUCAAGGGUGUUCUUACAGGAGAGGAUGCAAGGAUAGCGAUUCAAGCUGGAGCAGCAGGGAUCAUUGUGUCAAACCAUGGAGCUCGCCAGCUUGACUACGUCCCAGCAACAAUCUCAGCCCUGGAAGAAGUUGUCAAAGCGACACAAGGACGAAUUCCUGUCUUCUUAGACGGUGGUGUUCGACGCGGCACAGACGUCUUCAAGGCACUUGCACUUGGAGCCUCAGGGAUAUUUAUUGGAAGACCAGUGGUAUUCUCACUGGCUGCUGAAGGAGAGGCUGGAGUCAGAAAAGUGCUUCAAAUGCUUCGCGAUGAGUUCGAGCUGACCAUGGCACUAAGUGGCUGCCGCUCUCUCAAGGAAAUCACCCGCAACCACAUCACCACCGAGUGGGACACUCCACGCCCUUUGGCCAAGUUAUAGAGAGAACAGCAACAACACAGAACAUGUAAUGCCUAAACAUAUUCAUAUUCUGAUGGCUCUACUCUGCUAUAUAUCUCAAGAACUUAUUUCUCCCUAUAAUCAAAUCACAAACCAUGCCUAGACAUUCUGUAAUGCUAUUUGGCUACUUCUUCCUUCAGACCAUUAUUCUUGCUUAAACAACGAAGAUAAGUAUCUGAGAUAUAAAACAAAAGUCGUAACACUACUAAACCAAGAAAUGAUCUUUCAUCGCCUCCUGUGCGUAGAUU